AUGCCUAAACGAGACAACUCUGGGGACCUGUCCACCUGUCUCAUCCGCCAAACGCCGCCUGGGUGGUGGGGAAUCCCUGUCGGCUCAUCCAACGCCCGCAUCAGCUUCAACCGCCCAGAGCUCCCUCACCGGGACAUCUUUCCGGGCUCUUACACCUCCCCGUCCGCCCUUGUCGUCUCCAUUCCCAAGUUUAUUCCGCUCUCCUGGAGCAUCCAAGAGUUCCCCAUGGACACCCACGGCGUAGCCCGCACAGCCCGGAAGCCACGCACCGAAGCACAGCUCCAGGCCGACCUCGCCAAGAUCGCGAACCUACGUUCUCUCGAGGACAGCCUCCUCCGUGCCGGCCCCGAUCCCUCCGACCCCGAAACCUUCUCCCUCACCACCAAGCUCCUCCGCCUCAACCCGGAGCAUUACACGGCAUGGAACGUCCGCAGGCGCUGCCUAACCUGUGGAUCAUUAUCAAGACCCUCGCCUGGGCCAUCGCCGUCGGCGCCGCCCGCGAGUUCAUCAGCAGCAUGCACUCAGUCUCCGUCCUCCGCCGACUCGUUGCCCUCUUCCUCGACCACGACCCAGCCCGCCCCCGCGUCCCAAGCGGCCCCAGAGAAUGGGAAGAGUGGUACAACAGCUGACCAGACACCCGAUGCGCCGCCCCAACCCAACAAGGCUACUCCGAGCGAGGACAUUAUCAUCACGCUCAAGAACGAGCUGACGUUCACGAUACCCCUCCUACUCGAGUUCCCAAAGAGCUACUGGAUCUGGAAGUACCGCUCGUGGCUGCUCCAAAAAGCAAUCGAACUCCUGCCGAAACCGACAGCUCGUCGCAUAUGGGAGGAGGAGCUAGGCUUGGUGUCCAAGAUGCUGACCAAGGACCGCCGCAAUUUCCACGCCUGGGGCUACCGGCGGACGGUCGUUGCCACCUUGGAAAGCGAGGUCUUGGAUGGGAAGAGCAUGGUCGAGUCCGAAUUCGCAUACACCACCAAGAUGAUCAACGGCGACCUUUCCAACUUUUCAGCAUGGCACAACCGCACAAACUUGAUACCCCGCCUGUUGGAUGAGCGCAGCGCCGAUGAUAAGGCUAGGCAGAGGUUCCUUGAAAACGAACUGAAUCUCGUACGCGAAGCGCUAAAUGUCGGCCCCGAGGACCAGUCCUUGUGGUACUACCACCAUUUCCUCAUCUUGAACUUGACAGAGUCAGACCGCGGCCCCAAGAUUGCCCGGAACCUUUCACAGGAAGAAAGAGCGACUUACGUAAAGCGCGAGAUUGAAGAUAUCAAGGAGCUAGCAGAGGACUACGACGAUGUUGUAGGCAUCUACAAGGCGCUGUUGGACUACACUAGGACGUUACCGCAGAUUGAGGGACGAUCUUUGAGUGAUGACGAGACUGAUGACCUCAAGAACUGGAUGGCUAAGGUGAGGAAACUAGACCCCAUGCGCUCAGAGCGGUGGAGCGAUCUUGAGAAAGAGUGCGGCUUGGUGUAA